AUCGAAAAAAACUGUAAAUCAAGAAGACUCAUUUCAGUGAAUCUGUGAUUUUGCUGACUUUUAUGCAUCAGACAUUGGCUGUCAUCUGGGCUCCUACAUUAAACCGAUGGCGCCAGUGUACUUCAUUUUUCUUCUGAUGCUUCAGUCUGGACUCUUGCAUGGAGCUGAACCUCAAAACCUAAACUGUCCUGCUCAUUGUGGAGUACCAGGCAUUCCUGGUCUGCCUGGAAGAGAUGGCAGAGACGGAAAAGAUGGGGCUAUUGGACCUAAAGGAGAGAAGGGAGAGCCAGGAGUGGAAGUGCAUGGACCACCAGGUAAAGCAGGACCACCUGGACCCCAAGGACUAACUGGACCACCUGGACCCCAAGGAAUAAAAGGGCCACCAGGUCUACCAGGGCGUCUUGGAGAUGACAUCACAUCUCUAAAAUCUGAGAUCCAGCUUCUAAGUGCAAAGAUUGCCAUGAUAGAGAAAGUUGCAAGUUUUAAUUCAUUCAGAAAGGUUGGAGAGAAAUAUUUUGUUUAUAAUGGCUUUAUAGAAAGUUAUGAUAAGGGGAUUCAAUACUGCAAGGAAAUUGGUGGAACAAUUGCUUUGCCAAGAAAUGCUGAUGAAAAUAAAGCUUUGGUAAAACUAUUAGAAACCAGCGAAGUAAUUAUCAACCCAUUCAUUGGAGCCACAGACAGAGCUAAAGAAGGACAGUUUGUAGAUAUUACUGGAAAACCCUUGACUUUUACCAAAUGGGAUUCAGAUCAACCUGAUGAUUAUAAGGGAGCACAAGACUGUAGUGUUGUCAGAGUGCUAUCUGGUUUUUGGGAUGAUGAUGGUUGUGAAAAUAAACUUCGCAUCGUAUGUGAAAUAGAAAUCAAAUAAUGUACCUCAUUCAGGAUAUAAGUAACUUAACAAAUGUAUGGUAUACACUAUAAGAAAUCUGUCUGUCUGUCUGUCUGUCUGUCUACUAUUCUACCAUGAAUAACAUUACAGUUAAAUCAACAAGUAAUAACUCUAUAUUAUUCAUUAUGAAAUUGUGUUACCAGUUUAAUUAAAGAGAUUUUUUAUAAUAGUCAAACAAAAUAAAAGCAUAUUCAUGGCCGGCUUCA